UAGAUUUCUGGGAAAGAAAGAGUGGUCCUAAAUUGUACGUGGUCUUCGAAGUUGACUCGCCGCUUGGUUCCACUUCCGGCUUGACGGAGCUUUCGCAUAUAAGUUGAUUGGCGAUAUCUUUACAGCUUACAAUUAAGCAUUUCAUAUUUCUGUUGCGAUAUUGACCAUUUUACGAAUUAUCAUAAUUGCCAGUUCUUAUAAAGUAUUCUUGGAGAAAGACCUACGGACACAAUGGCGAAUUCAGACGGGACAGAACAGGCUAAGAAGUCUGUGUACGAGAUUGCUCGAAGCUGGGGAGAAAACCCUCUACCGCCCACACUUUUAGCAACCCUCAUCACCGCGCAACACAUGCGGCCAUUCCAAUUGCUACCGAUGAGCUUCGUCCCUGUACUCCUAUUUACAUCCUACACGAACGUGAACGGAUUCAAAAAAGACUCGGCGGGUAUCAGCGCCGCCUGGUCCGGUUUAUAUCUUCUACUUGCUAGUCGACGCAAGCAGGCGUUUAUGAAGAAAUGGGGUCCCCGAGGAAUUAUUCGUGGUGCAUCUAUGGGUUUGGCGUUGACGAAUCUGGUGGCUGGGGGUUUGACGUAUACAUUGGGUACACAGGAGGAAGAGGAAGAUUAGAGGACGAGGACGAUUGCAUUGUACAAUAAGGGAAAUGAUACUUUCGACUACGGCGUUUGGUUUGAGCCAUUGGGGGACUUGGCGAAAUGAAGUGGCCAUCAGAGGAUGGCCAUAUGUACGAUAUACACAUCACAAAACAUACCUUAGCUCGAGACUAUGCAUCUGCAAAGUUCUAUACUUUCAUAAUAUACAAUCGUCUACAUGUCAUUCGG